AUGCCGAUCCAACAACUCCCAUCUCACGUCGCCGCUCAAAUCGCGGCCGGUGAGGUCAUCGAACGCCCCGCCUCGGUGGUAAAGGAGUUGCUGGAAAACUCCCUGGACGCCAAUGCCACCGGUAUCUCCGUCUCCAUCCGAGAGGGCGGGGUGGCCGAAAUCCGUGUUACCGACAACGGUUGCGGCAUCACUCCUGAUGAGUUGGACCUGGCUUUCCGGCAUCACGCUACCAGCAAGCUUGCCACGGUUGACGACCUGCGCACCGUUUCCACUCUGGGAUUCCGCGGCGAAGCCCUGCCCAGUGUGGCCGCCGUCGCCAGGGUCGUCUGUUCCACGCGGCCGCCGGAUGCGGAAUCCGGCGCCUGCAUCGAGUUUCGCCACGGAACUCGCGUCGGUCAGCGACGCGAAGGGUGUCCUCCCGGCACAUCAGUUCAGGUUGCCGAUUUGUUCGGCGAUCUGCCGGCUCGCCGCAAGUUCCUUCGCUCGGCGUCGGCCGAGACCGCCCGCAUUCAGGAGGUUGUCACCCGCUACGCGCUGGCUCACCCUGAAGUACGGUUUACCCUCUCUGUCGAUGGACGAGAGACGGUAAACACCCCUGGUUCCGGGCGUCUGCAGGAUGUCAUCCUGUCCGUAUAUGGUUCCGAAGUGGCCGGGCGCAUGCUGCCCGUGUCCCUCGUCGACGGCGAGGUGUCCGUCGAUGGGUACUCCGGCGCUCCGGACCUGAACCGGCGUAACCGCUCCUACACAACCCUAUUGGUCAACCGCCGGUGGGUGUACGAUCGUUCGAUCUACUAUGCCAUAGAACAGGCCUAUCAGGGGAGCCUGCCCGAACGCCGCUUUCCCCUCGCCGUAAUCAACAUCGGCUUGCCUUCCGAUCAGGUGGACGUCAACUCCCAUCCCACCAAGCGGGAGGUGCGUUUCCGUCAAGGGGACCGGUUGUUUUCCCUGGUGCAACGCGCCGUCCGAGAGGCCCUGAUCGCCCAUGCUCCGGCGCGGGUCGCAACGCGAUCAUUCACCCCGACCGGCCAAGUUUCCGAGACCGAGCCAUUUCCAAACCCGCCCCGUCCAGCAUCCUCAGGAGGCUCAGCACCCCAGCACGGCGACAUGACACUGCCCACCACCGCGCUCGCUCCGGCUGAUGGCUCCCUGCGGGACGUCUUGGCGGAUCUGAGGGUAGUGGGACAGAUCCGACAAACCUACAUCGUGGCCGAGGGGAGAUCCGGCAUGUACCUCAUCGACCAGCACGCUGCGCACGAGCGUGUGGUUUUCGAUCAGAUUCGCCGGCGCAUGCACGAGGCCGCGCGUCCUUCCCAACCGUUGCUGGCUCCCCAGGCGACCGAGUUGUCCGCCGCCCAGGCGUCAACCCUGGAAAGUUAUGCCGAUCUGCUUGCCGACUACGGCUUCAUGAUCGAGCCUUUCGGAGAACGUACACGGCUGAUCCGGGCUCUUCCCGCCAGCCUGGCUGCCCGCGCAAACCCUGACCCUGCCGUAGCCUUGACCGAGUUGCUGGACGCCCUGGCCGUCGAGCAGGUGGUGAUGGAGCGCGAAGACGCGCUGGCGGCCACGCUAGCGUGUCACGGGUCCGUCCGUGCCGGGAUGACGUUGGCGCAAGAAGAGAUGGACGCGUUGCUCCAGCAACUGCAAACCACCGAAAACCCGCACCAUUGUCCCCACGGGCGUCCCACGGUGGUCCAUUUCACCGAGUACCAGUUGGAACGCGAAUUCGGCCGGCGUUAG